AUGGCGAAGAAGGGCAAACUACUGACAGCGCUCGACGCUCACAAGGGCCGCGAUUACAACUUACAAAAGCAAAAGAAACAGCAAAAGCAAGCUGCCAAAAAGAAACGCACGAAAGAUCCGGGAUCAAAUUCGGAGGAAAAGGAAAAGGAAAAGGAAAAUGCCGAGGCGCAGGCCAAUGGCAUACCAUAUAUGCCUGGAGCCGAGAGCGACGGCUGGGAAAGUGAUGAGAGUGAAGCAGCAGAAGCUAUAGCUAUUGACACCUCAAGGGUCAUCGAAGACGAAAGUGACAGCGAUAGCAGCUUAGGCGGCGAAGAAGCGGAGGAACCAGACCUCGAAGAAGCAGAAGACGAAGACGACAUUCCCCUCUCAGACAUUGAAUCCCUCGCUCCAGAAGAAAAAGCCGAUAUCCUCCCCCACCAACGCCUCACAAUCAACAACACGACCGCUCUGACAAAGUCUUUGAAGGACAUCGCUUUGCCUUCCAGCCUCCAUUUCUCCGCCCAUCAAUCAAUCACGACCUCCGAGCCUGUAGCAAUCUUAGAUGUCAACGACGACCUAACCCGGGAACUGGCCUUCUACAAGCAAUGCCUUGACGCAGCCAACGAAGCUCGAACAAUGCUGAAGAAUGAGGGAGUCCCUUUCUCGCGGCCCACCGACUACUUUGCGGAAAUGGUGAAAAGCGACGAGCACAUGGGGAAGAUCAAGUAUAAGAUGGUGGACGAGGCAGCUAACAAGAAGGCGGCCGCAGAUGCAAGGAAGCAGAGGGAUCUGAAGAAAUUUGGGAAGCAGGUACAGGUUGCCAAGUUGCAGGAGAGGGAUAAGGCGAAGAGGGAGACGUUGGACAGGAUCAAUUUGCUCAAGCGAAAACGGAAGAACACAGAUACGGGCGCCGCAAAUGAAGAAGAUCUCUUCGAUGUAGCACUCGAGGAUGCUGCUAAAGAAGAGCGGUCAUCGAGAUCUGCCAAAGGUGGAGAUGGUCGAGGGCGAACGCAGAAUAAAAGGCAGAAGAAAGAUGAUAAGCACGGCUUUGGUGGCAAGAAGCGGUUUUCGAAAAGUACAGACGCUGCUUCGACUGCAGACCUGCGCGGCUUUUCAGCGAAGAAGAUGAAGGGAAAGAAAGGGCCGCAAAGGCUGGGAAAGAGCCGGAGAGCUAAACUGUGA